CAUGUCACCACAAGAUGUUGUGUUGCAUGUUGAGCUAGCACGAAUCUUUCUGGUGAUAAUUGACAAAACACUUUUAGAUUUUUUACACGGACAGUUCUUAAAAGCUUUAAGUAGGCACUAUGCUGACGUCCAAGAGUUUUGUGAAGAAGACAAAAAAAGGAUCAGUUAUCAAGGUAGUCAGAGAGCACUAUCUUCGCGAUGAUAUUUGGUGCGGUUCCGAGCUGUGUGAAAUCUGUUUACAAAAAUCACCUAUUUUGGAGAGGCAUCCGCAAAUUGACAGCGAUUUGUGUGAUUUUCCACACUACGUGCUGCCAGACACCAAUGUGCUCUUACAUCAGAUAGACAUCUUGGAAGAUAAUAUCAUCAAGAAUGUUGUUGUGCUUCAGACUGUUCAACAAGAAGCCAAGCACCGUAGUCUUCCCGUCCACAAGAGAAUGCGAGAUCUCAUUGCAAAUGCUGACAAGAAAUUCUAUGUCUUCACAAAUGAACACCACAGGGAAACAUACUCGGAAAGGAAACCUGGAGAAACACCUAAUGAUUACAGUGACAGGUUGAUCAGACGGGCAGCUAAGUGGUACAGAGAUCACUUGCAGCUUGCAAGGAGACAGGAGUCAAAGGUCAGCAGUGGGGAAGACAGAGAUGUGUCCAUUGUGCUGCUGACGAAUGACCUGUCUAACCGGGAUAAAGCAAGGGAAGAUGGCAUGUUGGCGUAUACGGUUCAUGAGUAUGUGAAGUCCCUUACAGCCAAGCCAGAGUUGAUUGACAGGUUGGCUCAGAUUGCCUCUGCUGAGAGGGAGAGAAAACAGCGAGAUGCUGACAUCAGUACAGACGGUGGGCGCAAGGUCUUGUUCCCUGAACACAUGUCAACAUCCCAGCUGCAGUCUGCCAUCAAGAAAGGGAAGAUCAAGCAGGGGACCUUCCACGCCAGCUCAGAGAAUUUCAGGGAGGGACAUGUCAGCAUUCACGGCGAGGAACAAAUGAUUUUUAUCAAGGGCCUGGCCAAUCAGAAUCGUGCUGUGAAUGGAGAUGUUGUUGCUAUAGAAAUCCUACCAAAGCAACAGUGGGCCUGUCCAUCCUCGAUAGUUGCUGUUGACAAUGCCAAAAAAGAGGAAGAAGGCGAGAAGGAUUUUGAAGAGAAUGAGAGCGUAAGCAGCCAGCCUACAAACUCUCAGCCAUCAGGGAAGGUGGUUGGUAUCGUCAAGCGUAACUGGCGGCCGUACUGUGGGGUUCUACAACCAUCAAAUAACACAGAGGGUACCCGACAUCUCUUCAUGGCAGCAGAGAAGAAGAUUCCCAAGAUACGCAUUGAGACCAGACAAGCAGCUUCUCUACAGGGACAGAGAAUCAUAGUCAGCAUUGACAGCUGGCCUCGAAACUCUAGGUAUCCCAUGGGCCACUUUGUGCGUCUUCUGGGUGAGAUUGGUGAUCGUGACACAGAGAAUGAAGUCCUCCUUCUGGAGCAUGACGUACCUCACCAGCCGUUCUCAGAGGCGGUACUCAGCUUCCUUCCCAAGAUGCCAUGGGGAAUCACAGAAGAGGAUGUGAAGGUUCGAGAAGAUCUGCGACAUCUAGACAUCUGCAGUGUCGAUCCUCCAGGAUGUACAGACAUUGAUGAUGCUCUUCACUGUCGAGAAAUCAGCAACGGAAACUUGGAGGUCGGUGUACAUAUUGCUGAUGUUACCCAUUUCAUCCGGCCAGGCAAUGCAUUAGAUGAUGAGGCUUUCAAUAGAGGCACGACAGUGUAUCUUGUGGACAAGAGAAUUGACAUGGUGCCUGAGUUGCUGAGUUCUAAUCUCUGCUCAUUGAGAGGUAAUGAAGUGAGAUUUGCCUUCACCUGCAUCUGGGAGAUGACACCCAAAGCUGAGAUAGUCAACACCAGGUUCACCAAAAGCAUCAUCCGCUCAAGGGCUGCGUUUACUUAUGAGGAAGCACAGCUAAGGAUUGAUGACAAGUCUAUGAACGACAGCAUAACUCUGGGCUUAAGAGGUCUGAACCGGCUGGCCAAGAUACUGAAACAGAAGCGUUUGGAUAAUGGGGCACUUGUUUUAGCAUCUCCAGAGAUUCGCUUCAGCAUGGAUAGUGAAACACAUGAUCCCAUUGAAGUACAGCAGAAAGAGUUGAGAGAGACCAACUCCAUGGUAGAGGAGUUCAUGCUGUUGGCCAACAUCUCAGUAGCCAAGCAGAUCUUUGAGGAGUUCCCACAAUGCGCCUGCCUGCGACGCCAUCCCACCCCAGCUCCAUCCAGCUAUGAACCGGUUAUCAAAGCAGCUCUUGCUAAGGGAGUGAAGUUGGAGGUGGACAAUGGCUUUGCCUUAGCCAGGUCUUUAGACAAAGCCGUGCUAUCAGAUGAACCCUUCUUCAACACACUCCUCCGCAUGAUGACCACGCGUUGCAUGACCCAAGCCCUAUACUUUAGUAGCGGCACCCUUCCCUAUGAGGAUUUCUUCCAUUACGGGUUGGCUGCCCCCAUCUAUACCCACUUCACCUCACCAAUCAGAAGAUACUCUGACAUCUUGGUCCACCGAGCCUUAGCUGUGGCCAUCCAUGCUGACCAGUCCUACCCAUCACUCUUGGACAAACAGAAAGUGCAGACCAUGUGUAACCACCUGAAUAUACGUCACCGCAUGGCGCAGUAUGCAGGCCGGGCGUCAGUAGCUCUUCACACUCAGAUUUUCCUCAAGGAAAAGGUGCUCGAUGAGGAGGGCUACAUCAUCUUUGUGCGUAAAAAUGCAGUGCAGGUGUUCAUCCCCAAGUAUGGAUUUGAGGGCACGCUUUUCUUGAAAGGACCAGACAAAGACAAAGAUGGAAUCUUCCACUACAAUGAAGAGGAAUGCACUCAGUCAGCAGGGGCAGUGACCUUGCGAGGGUUUGACAAGGUCAGAGUUCAAAUCAGUGCAGAGACCUCCAACAUUCAGCACCAGAGACUGCGACUGAAACUGGUGGAGCCCAAGGUUCCAGGUUUCAGUGUUGACCCUCUUCCCCAGACUGCUGAAGAGGCCGAGUCACAGCCCCCACCCUCUAAGAAACCAAGAUGGAAGAGUUCAUAGACACUUUGGGCUACAGAUUCCAUCAGGAGAACAGAUUACACUAAUGGGGUGAAAGUCCUGCUCAUGCAGUCAGAAGAAAGUUCAUCUACGUCAGUUCAUAGAGCUGUUUUGCAGUAGAUUUUGCUGUUACAUCGACUCUUCAAGCAUGUGUUAAAGACCAGUUUCACAGUUUGGUUCAUGUGGUCAUGUAUAUUUCAGAAAUUUCAGCUUUUCCAAUUCAUUAUGAGGAGUAUCAACAGGAAAUGAAAUAAACUACUUAUUUCAUUUCAUUGACAACUCCAGCCUAAUGAGAUAACAGCCAUGAAUUGCUCAUCUCUGAGCCCGCUGGGUGAAGAUAAUGUUCAGAGUAGUGUAGAUCAUGGUUCUGGACAGAAAAUUAACCCAGACUGCAAUUGCUGCGGUAAUUACCACAUCCACAACUUUCUGGUUGCUAAAAACAAAAAUGAUUCCAUUACUCUGACAUUUUGGUGAUUGUUGGAAAUUUGAUGGAGCUAAAAAGUAGUUGCAAGCUCCAGGUUUUAACAAAAUUUCAGCACUGAAAUAUUUUUUGUGCUGGUAAUGAAAGGCAUUUUGGACCGUAGUAUUUUUUAAUCUGAUUUUUUUUUUACAUAAGUGGAGCUUAUCAAUGCAUUGUACAACACACAUUUUCAUCAGUGUCAAAUGAUUUCUUUACAGUCUGAUUCCAAGGCUAAAUAAAGCUGAUAAUUACUGCUACUUU